AUGGGAAUAGUGAAGAUUACAAACAGGUCGCAAUGCUUGGAAGCACCUUUCACAGAGGACCAACUUCUUAAAAUCAUAAAUGAACAUUAUGCAUUAGAACCAAAAGCGUUGAUUGAAAGAAUUGGCCAUGAGUUGGACAAGAUUUCAUCUAAGCACAAAUUUAUUAUUCAAUGCACCAAGAUGAAAGUUGAAUCUCAAAAGAUUGAUUUGAACAUAGAGACAGAUUUUGUAGCUUAUUGGGAGCCUUCGAAAGAUGGAUGUAUAACUGUUCAAAUGAACAGAGAUUUAGACUCCUCCUCCCCCUCCUCCCCUUCCUCCUCUUCUGAGAAAGUGGAGCACGCAAGCGAAAAUACUGCUAGAGCUUUACUUUUGACGGUAUACUGGAUAAGUGUAUAA